UUCUCCCUAACCUCACAUGACCUCACAUGUAUUAGCAGUCUCAGCAAAUCACAGAUCUCAAUAAAUAAAGUCGGAUGCAUCAUUUGGAAACUCUGUGACUGAAAGAAGACCUGAAGGGUGAAAGACGCCAACAGCACAUUUGAAGGAUGUCCACAACAUUUAACGACAUGCCGGAGGAGGUCAGAGGACAGAUGAGCAUUGAUGAUGGAUCAAGGAAUAGAGGACGACCUCAAAGCUUAGUGUGGUGGAUCGGAGCUGCUGUUGUGUGUCUGGUGUUUCAUCUUCUGACUGUGAUCUUUGUGGCAAACAAUACCAGUGCUGUAAAUCGUUGGGACACCAAGUCUGGACACCUGAUGUGCAACCUUACAAAAGACAGAGAUGCUUUCAGAGAUGAAGGUGAAGCUCUGAAACAGUUGCAAAAAGCUCUGAAAGAUGAGCUUGACCAACUGAAGACUCAUUACAGUGACCUAACUGAGGAAAGAGACAAGCGUGAUGCUCUAAAUAAUGAGCUUCAAGAUCUGAAAGUUGAACAAGACAGACUGAAGACUCAUUACAGUGACCUGACUGAGGAAAGAGACAAGCGUGAUGCUCUAAAUAAUGAGCUUCAAGCUCUGAAAGUUGAACAAGACAGACUGAAGACUCAGUACAGUGACCUGACUCAGGAAAGAGACACUCUUAGAGACAAGGGAGAGGCUCUGAAAGACGAACUAGACCAACUCAAGACUUACUUCAGCAACCUCACCAAAGAGAGAGACACUCUCAGAGCUGAGAAUGAUAUUCUGAAAAAUGAGCAAAGUGCUCUUGAAGUUGAACAAAGUCAGCUCAGUAUUCAAUGCAGCAACCUGAGCAAAACCAUGGAUGCUCUGCAGAGCCAAUACAACAGUGUGAUUGCAAGUCGAAACCAGCUCCAAGAGGAAGUCAAUGUGCUUAAAGUCAGACCAACAGCUAGAACUUGCUCCCAAGGAUGGACCAUGUUCAACAACAAGUGCUACUAUUUCUCUCCCAGUGGAACGGCAAAAACUUGGGAAGAUAGCAGACAAGAUUGUUCUUCCAGAGGAGGACAACUGACGAUGCCAAAGACAAAAGUUGAACUGACUUUUGUGAGUAGAAAUAACAAACGCACCUGGAUCGGUCUGUCAGACAAGUCUCAGGAAGGCAGGUGGAAAUGGGUGGAUGGGACUGAUAAAGUGAGUCAGGGAUUCUGGAAACAAGGGGAGCCAAAUGACGCUAAUUCAAACGAGGACUGUGCUGAGGUUUCACAGGAGGAGGUGAAAUUGAAUGAUGUACCUUGUAGUGUAAAAUUUGCAUGGGUGUGUGAGGCUUAAGGUUGAACUAGAGGCAGUGGUAUGUAUCAGGACUUCUUAUUCUGUUAUAAGAUAUAUCACUGUAACAUAAAAAAUUACACUGAAUCAUCACAAUACUUUUUUACUGUCCUAGCAUGCUAUAACCACUAAUAUGUAGCUGAAUGUAAUAUCUUGUGUGUUUUUACAAACUUUUUUCAUCUGAUUUUAACAUAAACAAUAAAAGCAUGAGUGCUGAAGAAAGAGCUGCAA